UCCAUAUCUCUUAAUUCAUUACAUUUAUUUUCCCCUCUACCUAUUUCUUUCUCUUAUACAAAAAUAAUAAGAAUCUAGCUACUUUGAUCUUUUAAUCAAGAAAGCAAAAAAAGAAAACUAGGGUUUUUUUGUGGUGGAAGAUUUUUUCGUCUUUUAUAAAAAUGAGGCAGUUUGUGAAAUUUUUCCCACUAUUGGCCAUCGUAGUCAUAAGCUUAGCCGGAACGGCUACAGUGAAGGCUGCGACGGGAUUGAACCCUCCGGUGAAGCUGGUUUGGCAUUAUUACAAAGUUACUAACACUUGUGAUGAUGCAGAGAGUUAUAUUAGAUACCAAGUUGAAAAGUUUUAUAAGAAUGAUAGUAGCAUUGCCCCAAAGCUGCUUCGUCUCCUCUACUCCGAUUGUAUGGUUAAUGGAUGUGAUGCUUCGGUUCUUUUGCAAGGACCAAACUCGGAGAGGACAGCUCCACAGAAUCGAGGGCUUGGAGGUUUUGUGAUAAUCGAUAAAAUAAAGCAAGUUCUUGAAUCAUAUUGUCCUGGUGUCGUUUCUUGCGCUGAUAUCCUCAACCUUGCCACUAGAGAUGCUGUUCACAUGGCCGGUGCACCGUCUUAUCCUGUGUUUACCGGGAGAAGGGACGGUGGGAGAUUAAAUGCAGACGCCGUAGAUCUUCCAUCACCGUCCAUCUCAGUCGAUGAGUCAUUGGCAUACUUCAAGUCCAAAGGUCUUGACGUUUUGGAUAUGACUACUCUUCUAGGAGCACACUCAAUGGGGAAGACACAUUGCAGCUACAUAGUGGACAGACUAUAUAACUUCAAGAACACAGGGAAACCAGAUCCGACCAUGAACUCAACAUUGGUUUCACAACUUCGAUAUCUUUGUCCUCCAAGAACACAAAAGGGCCAAACUGAUCCAUUGGUUUACCUAAACCCAGACUCAGGCUCGAGCAACAGAUUCACCAGCUCCUACUACUCUCGUGUCUUGUCUCACAACGCUGUUUUGAGGGUGGACCAAGAAUUGCUCAACAACGACGACUCAAAGGAGAUCACGCAAGAGUUCGCUUCAGGGCAUUGUCCUGUAUCAAACACAGAGGACGGAGGAAGCUACUUCCAUGUCGCUACUCGCCCAAUUUUUCAUCCUCACCUCCUCAACACUAGUUCUGGGUGUGGAUUUCUCAAGUGUAACAGUGACUAUCUUACAAGAAAACACCUACGGAGGAAUAGAACUCAAGCCAUAGCAGAGUAUUUGGGUUCAGCUUCAGAUCCUAAGAAGCCAAUUGGGAAGUCAAGUUAUCAUCCUUCAGAAGAAAUCAGAGCAUAUGUGCCAGAGAAGAAUCCUGGAGAUUCUAGGCUUUCACCUCCAGAAACUGCUAGAACCAUCAUUGAGGUGAACAAAAAAGGAACCCUGAUGCUUUCAGGUUUACUUGGUAUUGGAGUUCAUGAGAAUAUUCUCUGGCCGGAUAUACCUUAUGUAACGGAUCAGCAUGGAAAUAUAUAUUUUCAAGUAAAGGAAAAUGAGGAUAUAAUGCAGACUGUUGUUACCUCUGAUAAUAAUUAUGUGCAAGUAAUAGUAGGUUUUGAUACAAUGGAGAUGAUCAAGGACAUGGAGCUGAGCAGUCCAUCUGGUAUUGGUUUCGGGAUUGAAGAAAUCGAAGAUGGUGAAAGUGAAGUCGAGGAUGAAAAUAAGGGGGAUGAGGAUGAAGGAGAAGACAAAGAUGACGAGGAAUGGGUUGCUGUUCUAGAAAAUGGAGAUGAUGAGGAUAAUUAUGUCUCAGAUUCUGAUGAAUCACUUGGAGACUGGGCAAACUUGGAAACAAUGCGGUAUUGCCAUCCUAUGUAUUUUGCCAGGAGGAUGGCCGAGGUUGCUUCAACUGAUCCUGUAAAUUGGAUGGAGCAGUCGUCCGCUGGCCUUGCUAUCCAAGGGCUCUUGAGUCGUGUCGUUGUGGACGAUCACUCAGAUAUCCAAAAACAUAUCUCUGGUUGCAAAUCUACAGGCACUGACAAAAACAAGGAGGGAGAAAACUCAGAAGAGAAAUUUGAAGGCAUUGGUGAGAAUGAAUCUGAGAUAUUGCAGCUUGAAAAUUCGAGAAAUGCCAUAUCGUACUACAAGCUGGAGAUAAUAAGAAUCCAGCUCAUCACGGCACAGGGACAUCAGACUGAAGUGAAAGUGGAAGACGUCAGGAAAGUACAACCUGAUGCUAUUGCUCGUGUAUCAGAUGGUAUCGUGACUCGUCUAGAAGAAGAUGGCGAUAAACUAGCUGAAGCUCUCAAAUCUCUGUGCUGGAGACAUAAUGGGAUUCAAGCAGAGGAAGUGAAGCUCAUCGGGAUAGAUUCACUUGGUUUCGAUCUCAGGAUUUGCUCAGGAAUGCAAAUUGAGACAUUAAGGUUUGCAUUCUCGACAAGGGUAACAUCAGUACACAACGCUGAGGGACAGUUGAGGGAAUUAUUAUUCGCUUCGACACCUCCCAAGCCACAGAAACCAAAACAAACGAGUCAAAAGGAAUCUUGAUGAUGUAGCAACAAGAAACAAUUUCAACCGCAAUUUCUCGUGUCAAUGAAAGUGCCCUCACCAGUGAGACAUGAACUAACUCCUGCUAACGUUAAAGACCGUUUGUGGUCGACAAGCGACUUCAAGGUUGGCUUAUUGGAGAUUGGUGGGUGGAGUCUCUUGUUUGAUUGUUUUUCAAUUGAUUAUUGACGCUGUAUCUUUGUGUUAUGUGCCUUCAAGUCUCUGGGUUAAUAGAGCAUUGAUAUUUAA